GUGACAUUCUUUUUCGGCCCAAAUCCGCCAUUACAUUUUGGUGUUUGCGUAAAUUGGUCGUUUGCGUGCAUCGUUGUCGCGCAUUAUCAGUGCAGCCAGUAUCCGUGUUUGUGCGUUAUAUCGCAGCGUUUUGUGCAACAAAGAGAAGUGACGUUCAAUCGUAUGUCCAUCCAGAAUCUCAACACAUUUGACCCAUUCGCCGAUGCUAUCAAAAGCUCGGAGGACGACGUGCAAGAUGGUCUAGUCCACGUCCGGAUCCAGCAGCGGAACGGGCGUAAGACGCUGACUACGGUGCAAGGGCUGUCGUCGGAAUAUGACCUGAAGAAGAUUGUGAGGGCAUGCAAGAAGGAGUUCGCUUGCAACGGUACGGUUGUCGAGCAUCCGGAGUACGGGGAGGUUCUGCAACUGCAAGGCGACCAGCGCGAGAAUAUUUGCCAGUGGCUAACGAAAUCCGGGCUUGUUAAGCCGGAGCAGCUGAAGGUGCACGGCUUCUAAGCCGUCUACUCGUAAUAUGAAAUGAAAUCAUUAUAGUAUUUAAAUAUGAGAGCGUGCGCGUAACCCUUCGAAUAUGUAUUUAGAAAGCAUUGACGUAUACAGAGAACGCAACGGGCCGCUUAGGCCUCCUCCCUGUGCCUUCACUCCAUGUAUAAUAAUAAUUAAAGUGUCUGAGUAUCGACGCCAUCUCGUCCUUAGUUGCAAUUGAAGCCGAACGAAAGAGUAAUUAAAUAAUCAAAUCACUUUUUUUUACGACAUUGUAUUUUUAAAUU